AGUUCUGAUCCCGGAUGACCGUAAGGUAGGGCACUACAGACUGACUGGGGAGCCAGUUGAGGAAACUCGUGAACAGCAACUGCGGUGGCGGCUCCGCCUCCUUGGGGCUGGAGCUCCCUGACGGCCAAUGAGGCGGGACACGUGGGCCUCCAAAACACCCUGAGGUGCCGGCCGGGCUGCUGGGCGCGCUCUUCUUGGCCCAGCCGGCCGUCGCCGCGCCCCUCCCUGGAUCCUCCCACAUCUCUGGUUACAGCCUCUAAAUGUAGCAUUUGCGCCCUCACGCUGCACAGCCUUGAUUUUCCAAAGAUAGGCCUGGACUUUUGCAAACAGGGGGCUCUCCUCCUUCAUGAGUCUUUCUGUAGCCUCAUACCUACAGGCUAUGUUAGAAAUUACACCAGUGACUUGUAGGAUCCUGGAGUAAACAGAAGCUGCUUUCGGAAAUCUGGUACCCUGCUCGGUCCGCAGGUGCAAACUCAAAGACCUGCUUCCAAGCUGCCGUCCAUGUGCUGCCCAAUGAAGCUGCAACACGUGAACCUCUGUGGAAGGCGCCCACCUUUUCUCCAGUCCUUCUCUCACUGAGUGCCCUAUCAAAAUGGAAGAAUCCCUGAAUGAACCCAUUUCAAGUUUGAAUUGUGGUAAAAUAUUGCAAUCCCAAGUGUUGGUUGCCUACAGCUUCCUACUGAUUUUGGCUGGUGUCGAAAAAGAAGAUCAUAUGGCAAAGGAACCAGUGGAAGACACAGACCCUAGCACUUUAUCCUUUAACAUGUCAGACAAAUAUCCCAUUCAAGAUACGGAACUCCCUAAAGCUGAAGAAUGUGAUACAAUUACUUUGAACUGCCCACGAAAUUCAGAUAUGAAAAAUCAGGGAGAAGAAAAUGGCUUUCCAGAUAGCACUGGAGAUCCUCUUCCAGAGAUCAGCAAGGACAACUCCUGCAAAGAAAACUGUACUUGUUCCUCCUGCUUGCUCCGGGCACCCACCAUAAGUGACUUGCUCAAUGAUCAGGACUUACUAGACGUGAUCAGGAUAAAGCUGGAUCCGUGUCACCCAACGGUGAAAAACUGGAGGAAUUUUGCAAGCAAAUGGGGGAUGUCCUAUGACGAAUUGUGCUUCCUGGAGCAGAGGCCACAGAGCCCCACCUUGGAGUUCUUGCUCCGGAACAGUCAGAGGACGGUGGGCCAGCUGAUGGAGCUCUGCAGGCUCUACCACAGGGCCGACGUGGAGAAGGUUCUGCGCAGGUGGGUGGACGAGGAGUGGCCCAAGCGGGAGCGUGGAGACCCCUCCAGGCACUUCUAGAGCUCUUCUUCUUCCUUCAUUGGCCUCUCCGGACGUUGAAACAACCACAGGUCAAGAAGGAAUGUGAAUCUGUUGUUUUAUAAGAGUUUAGGACAAGGAUGCGGAACAGUGGACACUGGUUUUCCCCAAAGCUGGCAGUUUUGUGGAGGGGUAGCUUGUUUCGGUGGUGGAUCUCUGUUUAUUUUUGCACAUCUGUUAUAAUUUAAUAUUCAAAUCUGGAAUUAAGAAAAUAUAUUUUCUAGUAUCCUCUAAGGGCUAAAGUCCUACAAUCGGAAUGGAUUCAUGCCACGUUGAAGAUAAAAUUAUCCUCUCUCUGAAAUACGGUGAAGAUUUAAAUAGGUCCUGAGACUGUUGAUAGCCCCAGACAUACCCACAGCAUUAUAUGUAACAUCUCUCCUGAUCAGUGCCAUUCCCACGGUUUCAAAGAAAACAGCUGCAAGGAACGCUCACCUCAGUGUCUGCAGCACCCUCCACUUCUCUCCUAGGCAAUGAGACACAGUGGCUAGAAAUUCACCAUGUCUAUUCUCAAGAUCCAUGCCAGGGAGAUCUUUGACUCUUGUGGGAAUCCCACUGUUGAGGUUGAUCUCUUCACCUCAGAAGGUCUCUUCAGAGCUGCUGUGCCCAGUGGUGCUUCAACUGGUAUCUAUGAGGUCCUAGAGCUUCAGGACAAUGAUAAGACUCGCUAUAUGGGGAAGGGUGUCUCAAAGCCUGUUGAGCCCAUCAAUAAAACUAUUGCACCUGUCCUGGUUAGCAAGAAACUGAACGUCACAGAACAAGAGAAGAUUGACAAACUUAUGAUAGAGAUGGAUGGAA